CCGCCAGAACCUCGAUUGUUUUUUGCGGUCCGUUCAAACCGAACUAGUACGUAAGCCACUUAUUCCGCCGCAGAGCCACGCCCAUGUCCGCGACCGCCCCAAAUCGCCAGCCGGUGCCGAAGUUUCCGGCCGCCAUGCCGCGUGGAACGGGCACAGUGUGCUCCAAUCCGGCGGUGCCCAAAUCGCCGGAUGCACUCACCUCCCUGGUGGCCCGGAAGAGCAUUACGUCCAUGUCGGAGGAGGAAAUCAUCCAAGAGAACCUCAACGAGAUCCUCGACCUCAAGUCGCGCGAGGAGCGGAAAGCCAAUGGACGCCUGGUGGCUGUGAUCGUCUGUUUUCUGGUGCUCUUCCUGGCCGUCUACCAUGCCUGCGUCCGGAAGUCGGAGAACUCGCUGGCUGGCGUCCUGGUACCGGCGGGCAUCAUGCUCUCCUACGGCGCCUGGGUGGUCGUCCUGGCCAAGAGGGACAAGCACAGGCGAGCCAUGUUUGAGCGGCACAUCGAGGAGGUGACGCUGAAGAACAAGAUCGAACUGGAGGAGAAGCAUGCGCGCCACGCGAAGAAGGCGCAGUCGCAUCAUGGUCACUCCGGCACCGAUUCCACGGGCAGUGCCUCCAGCUCGCUGCACUACGUGAACGAGCUGCUGCCCACCGGUGGCGGGGAGCAUCGCAAGAAGCAGCGACGCCAUCGCCACAAGGAGCGCUCCGUGGAGCGGGAGGAUCACCAUCAACGUACCCAUCAGCGCCCGCAUACGCCGGACGUCGGUGUACAUCGUGGAGCGCCCAAGAGGCCCAGUUUCCGGCAGAAGCUCUUCGGCCAGACCAUCGCCCAUGUCAAGCUGGUGGAGGCCCAGAGCGACAGCACGGACUCCGCUGGCGGUUCGGGUCCGGGUACGAGACCAGUUCGCAGUACGGUCGCCAGUCCAGGUGGCCAGCCGACCGCUGCAGCCAAGCCCCAUCCCGGCGAGAAACGCCAGCGGCUGCAGCGCCUGGACACGUUGCCACUGGCGCAGGUGGUGCGUGUCAGCUCGAUUCCGUGAGAUAUAACCAUCCAGUGGAUGUGUGGUCGUAUGGAUGUACAUAUGCAUGUGGAAGUGGAGUAGUUUUUUUUUUUUAUUGGGGGCGGAGGGCCGACCUCGCCAUUGUAUCGACUAAAUAAAUGUAUUAUAAAAAA